AAAGUCCAUAUUCCGAAAAUUUCCACCCAAGUCGGUUACCUAUUCAUAACAAGCCCAUAGCCCGAACCGAGAUGUAGUUAGUCCCUUAAACCCUGAAUCUCACCAUUCCCACGCACCCUGUGAACCAGUGGGAAUACAGUAGAGGAGCAAAAAUCAUGGCAAGGCGCUGUAUAUCGGUUUCGAGGACUCUUCUCUCUAGCAGUAGACCAUCAACAGUCCAUUCAUCUCCAAGUGUACAGUCCAUUCUCGGCCAGCGCCUUCAAUCUCGCCGUUCUAUUUCCACCAUACUCACCAGGACUAAUGGAGUACUGGGUUGCACCCAAUCGCUGCUACCGCUUCACAGCGCGGUGGCAGCCAGCCGUCUAACAUCACACAUCCAAAUGGAGGCGCGCACUUGCUGCCAGCUGGCUCAGGGAUUUUGAAUCACUUGCAAACCCGAAUUGUCCAUGCCAUACCAUGGAAGAGAGAGGAAUUCAGAAGAAGGGGAUAAAUCUGCCUCUGAAGAGCUUAUAAUUGAUGGUACUGAUGUCGGUAUCCAAGGGCGUACAUGAUUGUGGAUGUUAGUUGCACGAUCUGCUUCAUCAACGGCCUCUGAUGUCAACUCAUAGGUGGUUACUUGUGGAGCUGGAGUUCUUAUAGUGGGUUCUGCACAGGCUGUUUGUAUUUCCACCGAUAUAGGGUCGAACCUGUUUUCAAUCAAGAGCCCAAUAGACUUGUUGAGUCAAGGAUCAGAGAUUGGCCCAACAUCCCUCCAUACUGAUUUAUUAUUUGCUCUCCUUUCUUUGUUUUUUUGGGCCCUUAGAAUAAUAGAGUUGAUCCAAUUUAUGGCCCAAGACCUGUUGUUUUUCUUUACCCUUUUGGGCUUUCACUGAGUGGGCUGGGGUGUUGACUGGGUCAGCAGGUGUAUUGACCACUUUAUUUUAAUUAAAGUGGUUCAAACCCAAAUGUAAAGGCUUAGGUUUGACAGGCUGGACAUCAGCAGCCUUUGUGUGGCUCGAGGAAGCUACUGUACUAGACUUCAUCUUCUUCACCUCCCCUCUAGCUCUCUCUAUUCCGUCACCGGUGACAAUUUCUACGAGAUUGUCAUCCAAAAUCGUAAUUUUGUACUUCAACUUCCCAAUUUCCAGUACCAAAUUGUUGGGUAAACCACCUUCCUUAAAAUUAAUACAAAUUCUAGCCCAAAAAAGGUGUGAACUAAGCUUCGUGUCUUCAUCAGUGUCAAUGAAGCCCCGCAGUUGUCUCUAAUAAACUGAAAGGUAUUGGGGUUCCAUGCAUGCAAUGGUAUGCCAAAGGCCUUUAUCCAUUUUUGCUCAGAUUUGUUGUUGGUCGGAGCUGCACCAUUUUUCGGCGACCACCAUUGAAGCGUGAGACGCCUGCCAUUCCAGAACCACUCACCAGCUAUGAUUCGCACCGAUUCAAGCCUUGAUGGGAACUCAAAGAGAAAUUUAUUGUGGCCUAAUGGUGUAAUAAUAAGUCUAGCAGUAAUCUUCCACCUGUAAAGAAACUAUUUUUUAAUAACUUCCGUGUUGGGGCUGAGAUUAAAGGCGUCGUUGAAUGUUCCCACCAAGCAUUUGGAGAAGAAGUUUUCAUCAUCUCUGUUUCCGUCACCCCUGUCAUUCUUAGUUUGCUCUUGUGACUCAGUCUGUUGCGUUGGCCACUGGAUUAUUUUUGCUGCAUCCAGAUAUUUCUUGUUCUGCACAUCUGUAAAGUUCUGAAAUCUGAUGUUGAUGCUCUUCCCCAGAAAUUGUAGGAUCCUCCCUGCUAUGUCUCCCCAACCCUUGUUGUAAUCUAUUUCUGGAAUAAUGAUAGCAGAACUUCUAUCUCCCA